CAAGAAAAGGCCCGGCGGCGGUUGACAGGAGGUGAGGCUUCAGCUAGAAUUUAGACCAGUCUCACGAAGGCGCGGCUUCUGCUGAAAGGGGGCGGGGCUUGGGUCGUACUGCGGCCCGGAGCUGAGGCUUAUAAUAACGAAGGGCGUUUCUCACUGCCCAGUAGUGACACUGGGAAGGCGGAGCGCCCAGUGGGUGGGGCCACAUCUGAAAGAAGGCGGGGCUGCCUUCUGGGCUGACCUGAGUGAGCACCAGGCUUCCGAGGACAGCAGGUGGAGCUAUCGCCGGCGAGGGCCAGAGCCGCUUCGAGACCUGGAGAAGGCGGGGCUUCUGCUGACAGAGGGCGAGGAUUCCUCAGACUGGGGCGGGGCUUAUGUUGACAGAGGGGUGGGGCGGCUCCCUACCUCCCGCCGCGCCAGUGCAGUGGGCUGAGGCCUGGGUCGCAGCCCUGGAGAGCAGCAGGGUCCCGGAGAACUGGCCCGGGCGCGGAGCGGGGUCGGGGCGCACGGAGGGCGUGCGCCCGGGAAGGACCCGCCUGGGCAGGCUCUUCCCCUUCACUUCGCCCCCGGUCUGCUGUCGGGGCUCGCGCCUCGCCUCGCACCCCCAGCCCCAACCCUCCAAGAUCUGCAGGGCCAGCCGAGCAGCGGACGCCUUGUGCCGGCCAGCCGAGAGGUUCCGGGUGCAGGGUUCACAGGAGAUGGCAGAUAGGUACUUUGGACCUGUUGGUAAUGAUGGCCUGAGCUAAGCACCUCCUAAUUUGAAGGGAUACCCUUCCAUGUCAAAGAACAGAAUGCUGAGGAAGCUAUGGCAAGUGAGUGGAGCUGUGCUUCAAAAUUUUCAACAGUUCAACAUUUUAUCUGCCAACAAUAAGCUCUUUACUUGACUGCACCAUGAAAAAGCUGCUAAUGAGACUCGUUGAGCACAAAAACGGACUUGAAGAACCAAAAGCCAUUAUUUUCAAAUGAAGAAUACUGAACAGUUAUAAGCCUCAAUGCUUUUUAGUCACCACUGAGAUUUUCCCCAUAACAUCAGAAUGGCAAGCAGGCGAAAAUCAACAAUACCUUGCAUGGUCCUUGCCAGUGAACAGGACCCAGACCUUGAGUUGAUAUCAGAUUUGGAUGAAGGUCCUCCCGUACUUACACCUGUAGAAAACACCAGAGCAGAGAGUAUCUCAAGUGAUGAAGACAUUAAUGAAUCUGUAGAUUCUGACAAUCAGCAGAAUAAAAAAGUUGAAGGUGGCUAUGAAUGUAAAUAUUGUACUUUUCAGACUCCAGAUCUAAAUAUGUUUACUUUUCAUGUGGACUCAGAACAUCCUAAUGUAGUGCUAAAUUCAUCCUAUGUAUGUGUUGAAUGCAAUUUUCUUACCAAAAGGUAUGAUGCACUUUCCGAGCAUAAUCUGAAAUAUCACCCAGGAGAAGAGAACUUUAAAUUGACUAUGGUGAAACGAAAUAACCAGACAAUCUUUGAACAAACAAUAAAUGAUCUGACUUUUGAUGGUAGUUUUGUUAAAGAGGAGAACUCAGAGCAAGCUGAAUCUGCAGAAGUGUCUUCUUCAGGAAUAUCUAUCAGUAAAACUCCUAUCAUGAAAAUGAUGAAAAAUAAAGUGGAGAACAAACGGAUUACAGUUCAUCAUAACUCAGUUGAUGAUGUGCCUGAAGAGAAAGAGAAUGAAAUCAAACUGGACCGUGAAGAAACUGUGGAAAAUCCAAGUUCUUCAGCUUCUGAAUCUCAUGCAAGUACUUCCAUUGUAAACAGAAUACAUGCAAAUACUGCCAGUACGGUAGUGACCCCCACAGCAGUUCUUCCUGGGUUAGCACAGGUGAUAACUGCUGUAUCAGCUCAGCAGAAUUCCAGUUUGAUUCCCAAAGUCUUAAUCCCUGUUAAUAGCAUUCCUACGUACAAUGCUGCAUUGGAUAACAACCCCCUUUUGCUUAACACUUAUAACAAAUUCCCUUAUCCAACUAUGUCAGAAAUUACUGUUCUUUCUGCCCAAGCAAAAUAUACAGAGGAACAGAUAAAGAUAUGGUUUUCAGCCCAACGUCUAAAACAUGGUGUUAGCUGGACUCCCGAGGAAGUAGAGGAGGCAAGAAGAAAGCAAUUCAAUGGAACAGUACACACUGUACCUCAGACCAUAACUGUUAUUCCUACACACAUUUCCACAGGAAGUAAUGGUUUGCCAUCCAUUUUACAAACAUGCCAAAUAGUUGGUCAGCCAGGUCUGGUCCUUACACAAGUAGCUGGAACAAACACUUUGCCAGUAACAGCACCUAUAGCCUUGACAGUGGCAGGGGUUCCAAAUCAAACAAACGUACAGAAAAGUCAGGUACCUGCAGCUCAGCCUGUUGCAGAAACAAAGCCAGCGACAGCAGCGGUUCCAACUUCUCAGCUCAUCAAACAUGAAACCACACUGGCAAACCCUGAUUCAUUUGGCAUUCGGGCAAAAAAGACUAAAGAGCAGCUGGCAGAAUUAAAAGUUAGCUACCUUAAAAAUCAGUUUCCCCAUGAUUCAGAAAUUAUCAGACUUAUGAAAAUCACAGGCCUGACAAAAGGAGAGAUUAAAAAAUGGUUUAGUGAUACAAGGUACAACCAGAGAAAUUCAAAGAGCAAUCAGUGCUUACAUCUCAACAAUGAUUCCUCCACCACUAUUAUUAUAGACUCCAGUGAUGAAACAACAGAAUCCCCGACUGUUGUUACUUCACAGCAUAAACAAUCCUGGAAUCCUUUUCCUGAUUUUACUCCCCAAAAGUUUAAAGAAAAGACUGCAGAGCAGCUUCACGCCCUUCAGGCAAGUUUUCUCAACAGCUCAGUACUUACAGAUGAAGAGUUAAAUAGGUUAAGAGCGCAAACCAAACUUACCAGAAGAGAAAUCGAUGCUUGGUUUACAGAAAAGAAGAAAUCAAAAGCUUUAAAGGAAGAGAAAGUGGAAAUAGAUGAAAGUAAUGCAGGUAGUUCCAAAGAAGAAGCUGGAGAAACCUCUCCUGGGGAUGAAUCUGUUGUCCCUAAGUCCGGGAGUACAGGCAAGAUAUAUAAAAAAACACCUGAGCAGUUGCACUUGCUUAAAAGCGCAUUUGUCCGAACACAGUGGCCAUCGCCAGUGGAGUAUGACAAGUUGGCCGAAGAAAGUGGGCUUGCCAGAGCAGACAUAGUUAGUUGGUUCGGGGACACUCGCUAUGCUUGGAAAAAUGGAAACUUAAAAUGGUACUACUACUACCAGAGCUCCAAUUCGAGUAGUAUGAAUGGUCUGUCUUCCCUUAGGAGAAGAGGGAGAGGGAGACCCAAAGGAAGGGGAAGAGGAAGACCGCGUGGACGUCCUAGAGGAAGCAAGAGAAUGAACAACUGGGACAGGGGGCCGUCACUCAUUAAAUUUAAAACUGGUACUGCAAUACUGAAGGAUUAUUACCUGAAGCACAAAUUUCUUAAUGAGCAAGACCUUGAUGAACUUGUUAACAAAUCACAUAUGGGCUAUGAGCAGGUGAGAGAGUGGUUUGCAGAAAGACAGAGAAGAUCAGAAUUAGGUAUAGAAUUAUUUGAGGAAAAUGAGGAGGAAGAUGAAGUUAUUGAUGAUCAGGAAGAGGAUGAAGAAGAAACAGAUGAUAGUGACACCUGGGAACCCCCACGACAUGUGAAGCGGAAGCUUUCUAAAUCAGAUGACUAAAAUUUGCCUAAAACAUUGGAGGAGAAUCAAUUCUUCAGCUCAAGAUGUCUGAUUACUGUGAAUGGGCCCAAUUUUUGAUGACACUGAAAACAUUUUGGGGCAUACACAUUCUUAAAAAAUACCCAAAAGAAAUGGAACUUAACAUUGUGCCAAAGUUAAUUACAGCAGUUGGUGGAAGUUCUGCAAUGUAAAUAGAGCACUAAUUAAAAAAAAAACUUGUAAAAAUUCAAGUUUUAAUCCAGUACAUUUUUAUUCUGAUAUGGAGGCAUUCUGAUUCUUAGACUUUCUGAGGGUGUUUAAUGACCACUAGAGCUUAUCCUCAUAUUUUCUCGAGCUUCAUACUGUAUGUCUCCAGAUGGGCCUUACUGCCUGUAUUCUUUGAUGUGAUUAAGCUUACAGCUUUGAGCGACCAAACAUUUUACAGAGUAAAGAUCAUUAGAAACAGGAAAAAAAAAAAAACAAGAAUUUAUUGCUAUGUCUUUUUUAUCAGGCCCUGCACUAAAUUAAAAAUUGUGUUUGGGCUUACACAAUUUCAAUGUAAGUGAAAAAACAGCCUAUUGACACAUGUUGUAACAGUAAGAUUUUGUGAUCCCAUUGGCCCUUAAUGAUUGGAUCUUUCUUUGAACACAUUCAUGGAUGCCACUAUUAUUACUUGUAAUACUUUUGUUAUUUUUUUCAUUAAAAUUUGAAUUUGCUUUUUAUUAAAUUGAAGAUAAUACUGAAGGAGAAAAGAAACUGGCAUAAGAAUUUGAAAAGGGUAAAACUCUGAAGUAAAGACUGUACCAAAAAUGUGAAAAAGAAUCAUGUAGUAAAUAUAUACUUACUGUUUUCUUAGAAUCAUGGAAAGCAGAAAUGUUCGUGCAGGUAAGAAUUUUCAAGAAUUAUCUUUCAGUGAAAUUUUACCUGGUGUAAAAAUUUCAGUGACUGCAGAAAAAAAUUCUGAGCUGAUCAUAAUGAGUUAAAAGUUAGCUUUUCACUUGUGGAAUCAUGGGAGUGUUAACUGGUAACUCUUGCCAUAUCAGGAGACUGAAAGUUCAUACUAACUUAUAAACUUUGUAAAGACUGGUGCUGUUCAUGCUGAGAGGGACCCUUUUUCAAAAUGUGUUUUCUUCAUAGAAGAAAUGUUCAGUUUAAUUAGCUUUAGAUUUUAAACUGUGUUUCUGAAUGACCAGAUGUAGUGGGCUUGGCCAGUUUAUUUUAUCUAAUUUAAUGAAUAAUAAAUAUUAAGCUCUUGUUUUUACCUAAAUGUUUGUCCGCUAAUGAAAAUGUUAUGAAAAAGCCUUGAAUAUGCAUGCUGCUUUCCUUUUUAUAAACUUUUUAUUUUUAACUAUAGCUUUAUUAGUAAUUCCAAAAUGCUGCAAUUUAGCUGAUUUCUUCACUCAGACAGCUGGCUUUGUGGGUGGCUUUUUCAUACUACUGUUAACUUUUUUAAAAAGAAGCAAUGUAAAGACUGUAUUUGAUGCACUAAACUGUUCUUUCUUUUACAUGUUUAAAAACUUCUUAAAGCACUCUGUAUUAUAAUGAUUAAAUUGCUCCCUUUUUUUAAACCAUU